AUGGAUAACGGAGGAAUCAGGAAAAGAAAAGAUGCGAAAGAGAACAAAGUAAACAUACAGGGUGGGAUGAAUUUCCCAACAAAUGAAGGUGUAGCAAAUAACGGCAACUGGAACAGCGGCAAUAGUAUUUCCAGAGGGAAAAAUGAGCACUGGGAUUUGAGGAGAAACGCAUUGGGGUUGUCCUCAAAUAUAGGUUCAAGCGCCAGGAGGGACUCAUCAAGCGAUAACUCAAAGUCUGGGAAAAAGAAAUCUCUAGGCAUAUUCAACAGUUCGAACAUCAGUGCUAUAUCGAAUAAUUGCAUGAAAUCGUUUAACAAUAUGUUGAAUAAUAUAAACUAUAACAUAAACAGCUCUGUAGGUCAUGGCACUGGUGGAGGGAAUCACUUCAGUGACAAAUCAGGAGCCCAAGGAGAGACCAAUUUCUACGAAAAUCAGUUUAAAAAUUUGAACCUUGCCAAAGGAAUAAGCUACCUAAGCAAUAUAGCGAAUCCGCAGCAAAAAUUUACCUCAGAUAAUAGAAACGUGGGAGGGAACCAAAGCAAUUUUAACUUUUUCCGUAAUUAUGAAAAUAACCUAGCGCAGAAAAGGGAAAACAAUACAAGUGGCACAAAUCAGUACAGUAACUCGUCGCAGGGGAAGUAUGCCAACGCUAGCGGGGCAAAUAUGACGAAGUCAACAAAUAAAGGAACAGUUAAUAGCGAAAAUUUAGAAAGCUUUUUAAAUGACAAAGAAAUUCAGAACCCUAAUUAUAACAUCACAGGAUUUGGAAAUAUCUACAUAAGUGAAAUAAAUAAUUUAAGAAAUAUAAAUAACGAUGAGACAUAUUGUACCUGUCUUGAUAACCUGCUACGAAAUCAUGGAAAUAUCGAUUCCAACGAAAUGCUAAAAUAUAAUGAUAAAAAUAUCAACUGCUUAAAUGACAUAAUAUUCCUAGAUGUGUAUAGAGCAUAUAACGUUUUAACGUAUAUGCAAGAAAAGGUCAACAUAAUAAUUUACACUAUAAAAAUUAUCGGAAAGAAAUUAAAAAAAAAACAUGUCCCCGAGGAAGUAGUGAUUUCUUUAGAGUUCCUAAAUUUCUGUGUCAAAAACUUAGGCCUUUUUUUUGUUCGUUUUCUGGAUGAAGGUUUUAUGAAAAAAAUAAGUGCUCUCCUAAAAACAACAACCUUGAAAAAGUCAAUUACGAAAGAUGUUAAAUCCAAACUAUCAAAAUUUCUCAUCGUCCCGAUUAUCCACCCAGGGGUAGCAACAGAUCCAAGGCUCCAUUUCAUAAAGAGAAAAAUUCUCUUCAUGUUACAAUUAUGGCAUGAUUCUUUUAUUCUCCAUCAGCAUAUAGCUGUUUCUGUUUUUGAUGAAUAUAAAUCCUUGAAGGAAAAAGGAAUUACCUUCCCCAUUAUUAAUAAGGCUGAGAAAUUUUACGUGAAAAAUGCAGACACCUCUCCAUCCUUCUCAGACGAUAAUAUACUCCAUGAUUUACCUCUAAAAUUAGCACAAAUUAAUAAUAUGAUGAAAAGUUUAAAAGAAAUUAAACACAUGCAUAAUGAUGAGGAAAAAUCCAAAUGCAUUGCCAUCGUGGCCAAGUACAAAGAUCUCGUCCUCCAAAGUAUUAACAAAUUGUCAGACUACAAAGGCAACAUCAACAUCUCCGUCACGCUAAAUUCGCUUCUGUACAUUAAUGACCAGAUUUGCAUUUUUGAAAAAUGGGAAAAGGAGCGGGGAAAUGGAGACGGAAGCGAAAGUGCUCUUAAAUCCACCAAGAAGGAAGAGCGAACGGAAGAAGAAAAGGAAAAACUCAAGCAAAAGGGAAAAAAAAAGAAAAACAAAAAGAAGGAAACCCUCAGCCAAUCGAAUAUUAACGAAAUUAUUUUUAACAAAUACGACCCGUGGAACACGGAAAAGAAGGAAGGUAAAAAUGAAGCCGAACAGGAAAAGGACAUCUUCUUCAACGAAUCGGUUGGAAGUUUUGCGAGCGCCACUUCUGCCAACUUUAUGUCCAAACAGGCAACGAUCCCAUUUAACAGUAAAAACGGUGCCCCGUGCAACAGUGAAAAUGUGUUUUCAUUUUUUGGUGAUGAAUCGAUCGAACCGGAGGUGAUAACUUCACCUAAGAAGGAUAACCCGGUGGAGGACAAAUAUAGCGUUUUCAACGAACUGAACUUUAGUAAUGAUUCUGCUCAUCAUUUAAGUAAUAACUUCCAACAGGGCCUGGGUAACCUUAACGUCACUUCCGAAACCACAGCGCAAAAACCAUGGAAUCCGCUUCCUCCCUCCGUGCAUAUCGCACAACAAAUGCUUAACUCACCGAAUAAGCAAACAACUCAAAAUAACAAUUUUGAUAGUGAUAAAAGUAGGAACAAUUUAUUACCCAAGGGUGAAGGACAAAAUUCAAAUAUCCAUUCGGAAACAGCCAAUAGUUUAUCCCCCCAUGGGUACAAUUCACCUUUACGCAGAAAUGAUACAGGAGAAGCAGUUCCCAUCCCUGGGAAAAGAACUCCCUCGACCCAUAUUCAUAUAUUAACAAGUGAACCAGAAGAAGAGAACUUCAAAGUAGGCGUAACAGACGACAUUUUCAAUUUAACACAAAUUGAAAUUUCUAACCAGUCUUACUUGAGCGGGAAAAGUAAAAAUCGAGACGGAGCAUGUACAGGGGAUUCCCUCCCUGAUGACGCAAAUGCCACCGCUGACAAUGUACAAAAUGGUACUGUAGUAACAAGUACUCACAUAAGCGUUCUUCCUAGUCCAAAUAAUUCACAGAAAGGGGAAAAUAAAGUCAACGUGUCCAAGGAUAACGCACCCCAUUUUAAUGGGAUCAACUUUGAUAAUAUAAUUGAUUCUGCAGAAAUUAGCCAAAAUGCGUUGAAGAAAAAUGAGCAGAAAACUAUUGGGCAGAGUAACAUUACGAAGGAGGAAACUGUUACCAACGAAAAUGGAAAUGAAGCUAACUAUGAUUAUUUAUUCGAAACGUUUGAUUUUGACCCAUCCGACAAUAAGGUUGCUGGGGCGAACGUGCAGAUGAAUGCAAGUGGCGUUGUUGAGGAACAGAGCAACUUGAAAAAAACAUCAGAAUGUAACCCCCCCGAUAUAGGGUCAAACAGAGAGAAUGAAAAAACAAAUAUAAAAAAUGUGUGCGACACGCAAAUUGGAAAUUUGUAUGGAGGAACUUCAGACAUGACAUUUGACCAAGUUAAGAGGGAAGCCACAAGUAUGAAUACAAAGCACAACCCAUUGAGUCUAAACACUGUGAAUAAGGAGGACUUGUACAGCCACCUAAACCACUUGACUCCAAUCAGUAGUGAAAGUGAUGAAUCGCUCAGCCGAGAUGAAAUUUCAUCAGACAAACACAAAUGUAAUAGUGACAGUCCAAAUAAUACUUCAAAUAUGGAAGAAGAAAUUUCAAAAAAGGGUUUCCAGAAUGAUGGGAGCGUUGAUCAAUGCGAGAAAGAAGGUUUUGAAGGGAAGCACCCAGUCAAUACCCCCAUAUCUGAGGAAAAUGUAAACGAAAAAGAUAAAAAGGAAGACACCCCCGAGGAGGCGGUAAGCAACUCUGAUUCGAAUGACAUAAAUUUUGACGAGAUCGACGAAAUAACAAAAGCAAUAGAUGACUUAAACGAUAACUUUGAAAAUAUGAACAUUUAUAAAUUUGAUAAUUAA